CACUAAAACAAUAUGGCAACUCCAUUAGUCAGAGCUUUCAGUCGCCUGCAAUUCGAUGAAAUUCUAUUUUACUUUCUUUUUCAAUAAUUGUGAAAUUUAACUGAAUUAGUAAAACAAUAAAGUUUAACAUGUCGCGUCACAGAAUUGUACGCGGAAUGGACUACAACGACGAAUACGAUGGUUACGAUGAUGUCUAUGGCCAUUCUGUUGACGACGAUUGCGUUUCGCCAACGGAUCAGCAAUGGCUUUUCGAUCGGACUCGUGGACAACACAGUAUGUCGGCAUUUAUAAAGAAGAAUAAGAACAUAGAGGAGGAAGCGGAAGAUGGUGAUGAUAACGACGACGAGGAUGAGGAAGAUGAGGUAUAUCAAAAGGCACGCAGAGAUUCCGAAAAUUUUCAAAUGCCGGAACUAGAUGAUACAGCGCAGGCGAAGCUCAGUUCUUGCGUGGAUGAGGUGCGCAGCGUGGUGGGCGAUGCCGUGUCUGAACGUUGCAUUGUGGAGACGUCUAUGCGUUUCGACUACAACAUUCAGAAAGUACUCGAUGAAAUACUCAACGAGGAGACAAGCAAAAAAGACAAAAACAGACGUCCACAAAAGUUGAAAUUAAAUGCUACGCCAGCUGCAAAGACUAUAACAACGCCUAAACCUACGCCCACAAAGAUCACGCUCUCCACUGCAAAGGACGCUAGACGGGGAUUUGACAUCGCCUCACCCAAAGCGCCAGCUUCGCCCAAUGUGUCUGGGCGGAAUACGCCUGUUGACGGCGGCGACGAAGCGGGACGCAGUACCAAUGCCAUAUUCAAAGUAUCCAAGGAUCAGGCGCAGCGUAAUACACAGGAGCUCUACGAGCAGGAGCGCUCCUCACACAAAAGCCAUAUACACAUGAUUGUCAUUGGGCACGUUGACGCGGGCAAAAGUACCCUGAUGGGUCACCUGCUGUACGAUACUGGCAACGUUUCACAGCGAGUGAUGCACAAGCACGAGCAAGAGUCUAAGAAAUUGGGUAAGCAGAGUUUUAUGUACGCAUGGGUGCUAGACGAAACAGGAGAGGAGCGUGCGCGCGGCAUCACCAUGGAUGUGGGACAAUCACGAAUAGAGACAAAAACAAAGAUUGUAACGCUGCUCGAUGCCCCCGGUCACAAAGAUUUUAUACCCAACAUGAUUUCUGGAGCAACGCAAGCGGAUGUGGCACUUCUUGUCGUUGAUGCGACACGUGGUGAAUUUGAGUCUGGCUUCGAAUUAGGCGGACAGACCCGAGAGCAUGCUAUACUUGUGCGCUCGCUGGGGGUUAAUCAGCUGGGUGUUGUUAUCAAUAAGCUGGACACCGUAGGUUGGUCCAAGGAGCGUUUCCAGGAGAUUGUUCAUAAGAUGAAAUCAUUCCUAAAGCAGGCAGGUUUUAAGGAAUCCGAUGUCUGCUUUACGCCCUGCUCCGGUUUAACGGGCGAGAAUCUCACGAAAAGUGCCCAAGAGCCUGGUCUAAAAGCCUGGUACGAGGGACCACAUCUUCUGGAUGUCAUUGAACACUUCAAGGUGCCAGAGCGAGCGGUUGAUCGGCCAUUUAGAAUGUCUGUAACGGAUAUAUACAAGGGCACAGGAUCUGGUUUUUGUAUUUCGGGUCGCAUUGAGACAGGUGCACUCUGUGUCAACGAUAAGGUGCUCGUAGGUGCAAGUCGUGAACAGGCGCAAGUUAAGUCUCUGAGCAUGGAUGAACUUACACAGACAAGUGUGUUUGCUGGAGAUCAGAUCUCUGUAACCCUAGGCGGCGUUGAUGUGAACAAUAUAACCGUGGGCUGCAUUAUAUGUGAUCCACAAAUGCCAAUCCCUGUGACUACCCGGUUCCAAUGCCGCAUCAUUGUCUUCAACGUUAAGGUUCCCAUUACAAUGGGUUAUCCGGUGCUGCUCCAUCAUCAGUCACUGAUCGAGCCGGCUGUUGUUUGCAAACUGACCGCAUCCAUACACAAAAGCACCGGCGAGGUGGUAAAGAAGAAGCCUCGUUGUCUCGGCCAGAACUCGUGUGCUCUGGUCGAGUUGGAGACGUCUCGUCCGAUUUGCAUUGAACGAUAUUCGGAAUUUAAGGAACUGGGACGCGUUAUGCUGCGCGUGGCAGGCGUCACGAUAGCCGCUGGCAUGGUCACUAAAAUUCGUUAAAAGUGCUUGCUAUCUAUUUCAUACAAUACGAAAUUUUAGUUAGUUUUAUAUAGUUUUGUUUUGUUGUAAAUAAAAACUAAGUUGAUAAAGCACAAC